CAGCCAGCCAUGUCUUCUCCCAACAAAAAUGUCUACCAGACGCUUUUGGGAUCUCCACCAUCUUCACCAGAUGACCAACUUGAACCCAACACCACUGUGCUUUGGUCCUCCGGUCUGUGCGACUGUUGCGCCGACCCCAAACUGUGUUGCUUAACAUGCUGGUGUCCUUGCAUUACAUUUGGACGAAUUGCAGAGGGCGUCGACCAUGGAAAGACCUCUUGCGUUGCGAGUGCUGGGAUUCAUGCACUAUUGACAUACAUGACGGGAUUUGGAUGGAUGUACUCGUACAUAUAUCGUUCCAAGAUGAGGAAACAAUACACAGGGGAUAGUAGUCACUUCAAAGACUGUUUAGCCCAUUUCUGCUGCGAAAGCUGUGCUUUAUGUCAGGAGUACCGUGAGCUCCAAUUCCGUGGUUCCACUGAAGGUGAUGAACAGCAGAAAUACGGAGUGGAGGCUGUGCCGGUGACCCCAGGAGGAAUGAUCCGUUGAUUUUGACAAAGGAUGCCAAUCAAUACUGUUCGAUCCCUAUGAUUAUCGUCAACAAUUGCAAGAAGUGUGUGUUUGCUUUCAAAAAUAAUGAAUUUGUUAUGUAAUCU